GCUCCCACGUGUUCUCAGCAGUCCUCCGGGCAAGGCGCCCUCCGUAACCCCGACCGUCCGCCCGCCCUCCGGCGUUCCCGAAGGUGGUCGCAGCCCCAGCCGCGUGCGGACGCGAAAGCCGGUGAUUGAGUGAGAAAUCAGGCCUCACUGGAAGCACUGAGCAGAAGUUAGAGAGCUACUUCUCAAGAACUCGGGAAACUCAUGCGUCAGAAAAGAUUUCAAGGAUUUAACCAGAAGUAACCCCUGAUUGGACAUUUGCUUCCACAAUAACACAUUUGCUGUAAUGUCUACAAACUAGGAUCAAAUGAAAGGACUACUGCAUUGCUGCUGUCUGUUGUCACCAUCAGGUGUUUUGUGCGGCUGCUGGACUUUGCCUAACUUUUGAUUAAAUAACUGCAAAAUGCUGGGUGUGAUUCCUAAAUACACCAAAAGAAUAUGGCUGCACAGAUAUCAGAAUCUGAUCAGAUAAAACAGUUUAGGGAAUUCCUGGGAACUUACAAUAAGCUUACAGAAACCUGCUUUUUGGACUGUGUGAAAGACUUCACAACAAGAGAAGUAAAACCUGAAGAGAUCACCUGUUCAGAACAUUGCUUACAGAAGUAUUUAAAAAUGACUCAAAGGAUAUCCAUGAGAUUUCAAGAAUACCAUAUUCAGCAGAACGAAGCCCUGGCAGCUAAAGCAGGACUUCUUGGCCAGCCUCGAUAGAGAAGUCCCGAUGGAUGAACUUUUGAGUGGAGGCUGCCGUAGCUGUUGCACUGGUAAAGAAUAUCCAUCUAGUGGAAUCUCUGGAACCGGUGGGCACCAUGUCAGAACAUCUGUCAUGACUGUUUGGCAAAUGGAAACCACUGGGAAGACACAAUUGCUGCUCACCAGGAAUAGUCAAAAGGUCUUAUUCAGUGAAAAUAAUAAGGUGCAACAUUUGUUGAGGCCUUAAGAUUCAGUGUCUUGGUCACUUCAUUAGAAAGAUAAGCCACUGUUUUUUCAAUUUUGACUUAAUUUUAAAGAAAAAUACGUGUUCAAUCAUGUAAGAGAAAAAAAUUUAUUACUGAAAGUGAAAUAAAUGGAAAUAUCGCUGAGCAGUUGUUUGUAAUAUAUAGAACUGUCUUCUGACCGCACUGUGGACACUUUGAAAUGUUUCUCAAUUAGCAUCAUUCUCCAAGUUUUCUUUUUCACGUCUGCCUCAUAUUGCUGGUACAUAAAAGAGUUGCUUACUAGUCAUUGAAAUGUACCCCUUUUCUCGCCUCCCUUGUGAGGAUGGGCAUCACAUAUUCUUCUUCUGUCUGCAUUUUCGUAUAUGUUCAGGAAAUAUCCCUUCUGAGGCUGUCUUGGGCUUGCUUCAUUAAGCGUCAAUUUUUAUGCUCUAGUGGAGUCUGUAUUUUGCAUUUUGUUCAAAAGCUGAGAGUCCAGCGUGAAUGGUUAUGAGUCUGACAUCUUUCAGUUUAUUGUCAGUUGUGACAAUCAGAAAAAAACAAGAAAUUCUGGUUUAUCGCUAAGUACACUGAGCAGUUUAGUAAAUGUGAGAACUAAUACAGAUUAAUCACCUGCCUUGUGAGUGGAUUUUGUUACCAGUCUAUGCUUGUGUUUAAGGGAACAUUAGUGAGCUACUGUGUUUAAACUUACCAGUGUGAUUUCUGUUUUAUGUUUUUGGGAAAUGGAAGUUUUGUUUUGCUUUUAAAAAGUUAAAAUGUUGAAACGUACAGUAGUAAAAUAUAUAAUUUGUUAUACUGGAUAUAUGAAAAAUAGGCUGGGUUCAUACUAAAGUAAGAAAAGAACAAAAAAUUUACUAAAUGUGGAAAACAAAAACUCAGACAUUAUAUUCAUUUAAAACAA